GAAAGUAGCAAGAUGAUAGAAACUGAGGAAAUCAUUGUUGGACUUACAGCCUUUCUCAUAACUUUAACUUUCUUCAUUUCAACAUUCGGAAACGGCGCCAUUUUGUUCGUCUUUGCAAAAGACAAGAAACUACGAAACGCGUCGACAAUUUUUAUAACAAACCUCGCAGCCGUUGGAAUUCUUCAAGGAACAGUAUUAUUUCCUCUACUGCAAAUAGAAAUGAUUGUUGGAAAGCGAAUUAUUGGAGCGAACAGAAACGCUUGUCUAUCGAGAGAGUUUAUCAACGAGUUUGUCACGUGCGCGAGCUUUUAUUCAUUGUUCUUGGUCGCACUGAAUCGCUACAGCGUUGUCAUUCUCAAACACAAAUACAAACGCUACUUUUCGCCUAAGAAGUCAGUCAUUUUGAUUUUGGUUGCAUGGUUCGUUUCUGCGUCGUAUGCAGCCGCUACGAGCUUUAUWCAAAGURCUUCRUCAAAAYUACAAGAGUUCAAGUGUCAUUCGUCUCUYUGGUAUCCAAGAUCAAUGGCUUCUUUACAAUUCACAGUGUAUGGCAUUCCAUUCACUCUGAUUAUAUCGAUAAAUAUUCUUCUUUUGAUUUACUUCAUUCAAGAUAGAAACGGACUCCCACUUCCGGCUAAGUUUUACAGCGAARACUCGAUGGAACGCCGAAUGGCGCCCGGAAGGAAACGACGACUCACGAAGAACAUYCGAGUACUUGCGCUCACAAUCGYAUCAUUUUCGUCAUGUCAUGUGCUUUACUUCGGGUGCAUMCUGCUCGCAAUGUUUACUGGGAAGUUUGUCCAGCUUGCUUACGUCACGAGUGUUUCUCUCGURUGUUUUGGAUGCAUUGUUCAUCCUUAUCUCUAUGGUUACUUAAACAAGAGACUUAARMGGCCUUUGAAUCGACUCUUACGGCGCAUGCGUCAGUGUGUAUGUCGACGAAAGAAKAACAAAGAACUUGUUGCUCAAGUUAGCUCUUGUAGUUUUACAUCUAGCAAGAUAUCGACGCUGAACAGAACAACUGAAGGCUCGUYUAUCGAUGAAGAACUGACWCGCAGUAAAAUAUCGAAUCCAAUUUAGCAAUUUCUUAUAAUGAAGCGCGCAACAAAAGGCAAAGCUAAUUCAAAUAGUGAGACAUACCCCCCUCCGCARUCAAGUCUUCUUACAACAGGAAUCCCGUGUAGUGGACUUGAGUUGCCUUCGGAGGAUGGCAUGAUAGUCAUAGACAAUAUCUAUAUAGAGUUUUACCAAUUAUCAAAUAUUAUUGGCAGAUGUAAUUUAUUUAUUUAUUAAAAUCUUGGAGGAAUAAAGAGUACAAUAUUACAACAAUCGACUGAGUAAAAAAAAAAAAAAAACUACCAAAAACAAAUCCAACCAAAACAAAACAAAACAAAGAGAGAGAAAAUAAAACAAAAAACAAAACAAAACAUAUUUCAAAAAAACACCUAAGCUGAUACACCAAAAAUUCAAUCAUUUAUCAAAAAGACCCGGGUGUAUUCGAAAAACAUGAUUUGUUUUAAAAAUAACGUGUAAUUGAAAGUUGCUUUCGGAUCGAUUCAAAAAAAAAAAAAAAAAAAAAAAAAAAAAAA